AUGUUGCUUUUUGUUUUUAUAGAGAGGAUCUGACGAACUACUCUCAGGUAGUGUUCUCAGUAGUCCAAACUCUAAUAUGAGCAGCAUGGUGGUUACAGCCAAUGGUAAUGACAGUAAAAAGUUUAAAGGAGAAGAUAAAAUGGAUGGGGCUCCUUCUCGUGUUCUUCAUAUUCGAAAACUGCCUGGUGAGGUGACAGAAACCGAGGUCAUUGCUCUCGGCUUACCUUUUGGGAAGGUGACCAACAUCCUUAUGCUGAAAGGGAAAAACCAGGCAUUUUUGGAACUAGCGACAGAGGAAGCUGCUGUUACCAUGGUGAAUUACUAUUCUGCUGUGACCCCUCACCUUCGCAACCAGCCCAUUUACAUCCAGUACUCGAACCACAAGGAACUGAAAACAGACAACACCCUGAACCAACGUGCCCAAGCUGUUCUCCAGGCCGUGACGGCCGUGCAGACGGCAAACACGCCUCUCAGCGGCACCGCCGUGAGCGAGAGCGCUGUGACCCCCGCCCAGAGCCCGGUGCUCAGAAUCAUCAUCGACAACAUGUACUACCCCGUGACCCUGGACGUGCUUCACCAGAUAUUUACUAAGUUUGGUGCUGUAUUGAAGAUAAUCACAUUUACAAAAAACAACCAGUUUCAAGCUCUCCUCCAAUAUGGCGAUCCAGUAAAUGCUCAACAAGCAAAACUAGCCCUAGAUGGUCAGAACAUUUAUAACGCUUGCUGUACUCUAAGGAUUGAUUUUUCCAAACUUGUGAAUUUGAAUGUAAAAUACAACAAUGACAAAAGUAGGGAUUAUACUCGACCUGACCUCCCGUCUGGGGAUGGACAGCCUGCCCUGGACCCAGCUAUUGCCGCAGCGUUUGCCAAGGAGACAUCCCUCUUAGCUGUUCCAGGAGCUCUGAGUCCUCUGGCCAUGCCCGGAGUCUCCGCGGGCGGCAACACGGUCCUGCUGGUUAGCAAUCUGAACGAGGAGAUGGUUACGCCCCAAAGUCUGUUUACCCUCUUCGGUGUUUAUGGAGACGUGCAGCGCGUGAAGAUUUUGUACAAUAAGAAAGACAGCGCUCUGAUCCAGAUGGCGGACGGGCACCAGUCACAACUGGCCAUGAACCAUCUCAAUGGACAGAAGAUGUAUGGAAAGAUUAUCCGUGUCACUCUCUCCAAGCAUCAGACUGUCCAGCUGCCUCGGGAGGGGCUCGAUGAUCAGGGUCUCACUAAAGAUUUUGGUAAUUCCCCACUGCAUCGUUUUAAGAAACCUGGAUCCAAAAAUUUUCAGAACAUUUUUCCUCCUUCUGCAACCCUUCACCUGUCCAACAUCCCCCCUUCGGUCGCAGAGGAGGAUCUGCGGACGCUGUUUGCCAACACGGGGGGCACUGUGAAAGCGUUUAAGUUUUUUCAAAGAGAUCACAAGAUGGCCCUCCUGCAGAUGGCCACGGUGGAGGAGGCCAUCCAGGCCCUGAUCGACCUGCACAACUACAACCUGGGGGAGAACCACCACCUGCGAGUGUCCUUCUCCAAGUCCACGAUCUGAGGGCGGAGGCGGAGGCGGGUCACAGUGUUGUGUCAUCACCUAGUGACUGUUCAGAAAGUGGGGACCAGAGUUUGAUUUUUUUUUUCCUUUUUUUUCUCAUGCUGUUAUCAUUCCUUGGUUCUAAAACGAAAUGGCAUAUGUAAAGGCAGAGUAUUAACUGCUGAUUCCAUCUGUUCGAUAGGGAAGCCAUUUUUAUUGUCUGUUUAAAAUUUGUUUAAUUUUCCUUUUCUUUUUCAACUUAGUUGACAUACGUGCCUUAAAGGAAAACUAGUGUUGCUAUUGUGCAAUUCACUAGGAAUUUACAAGGGAUUGCUUGUCUCGGGCACACUGUUAUAUGGGGAUUACACUAUGUAUAGGCAGGGGUGUGUAAAAAGGUUAAGUUUUUGUUUCUCCUGCUUGGAACGUACUUUGAAUUAUUGGCUUGUCACAUUUCUUUCUAUUUAGUCAAAUAAGAUGCAGGAUAUUGAAAGAACAAAGCAGCAUUUUUUAGUUAUACUACCUUAGGCUUUAUUGCUUUAAAAACACAUUGGCCUUUUUGUAUCUCACAAUUCUGGUCUAGAUUCUGUUAGGAAUGUAGGCAUUAGUUGAAUUAACAAGAUGCAGAGUAUUAAUUUCUGUCAGUUUGAGCCCUACGUGGAAAGCAUUGUGGAACCUUAACCUUUUGUACACGCUCUUGUGGGACGCGUCCUAUAACUGCUGUCAGCACUAAGUAACGUCUUGUUUGUGGCUGAAUACUUUUCGUAGAUGUUUUUUGAAGUUGACAUGACUUAUGUGCAUUUCAAUACCUAUUGCCAUCCUUAGUUUGUGAUGACGACUGGACAUGGCUGUGGAUUUCUGAGCAUGGAGGCUGGUCUGGCUAGUGCAGGAACUGGUGCAUGUCUUUCCAAGAUGCAGAGAGUCACUGCAAACCUUUGCAGGAAGAUGAAUUUUGUGGCAGUUUUCUAAAACUGACAACCAGGUGGGACCAAAGUUUAUGUGCCUUUAGUCUUAAUUUACCUUGCAUUGUAAUAUUCAGUUUUAAUAAAUCUUCAAAAUAUUUUGUAUUUAGGAAUAGAUCUGACUUUAAUAAAAACAUGGCUCAGAAUCUACAGGUCAAAUUAAUUUGAACAGUUCUUGUCGAUCUGAAUUGCUGAUUCUGUUUAAAUGACCAAUACUUUUUGAAAUUGAUGUACUUCGUUUCAAGAUUCAUAGAUUCUGUUAUCUGUGUAGACAGAAUGGUCAUGUAUAUUUUCUAUUAGUUGAGUUUUUACAUCCUUAGAAAUGUAAAAUUCAGUCUAGUUUGGAAGCGGCACAAUUAAAAAUUACUUUUCUAACAAAGUCGGGAGGUUUGAUGGUGGUCUACUUUCCUUGUGUGUACUCUGCUCCCUCUGUAGCAUGCUCAAUAAACACUGCAGCUCUGCUCA